UUAAUUCGUAAAUCUUCAGCGCGGUCGAACCAAGAAAGGAUGAAUAUGUCUGCCUCACUAACAAUUCAGUUAGUCUUCAUGGCGCUGGGCGUAUUAAUCAUGAACUGUAGUAUACAAGUGGAAGCAAGACCCAAGGUUCCUUCAGUCUCUCUACUCCAUGGGAUGAUAAAUUCUUCGGAAAAAAAUAACAUCAAUACGAGACAAGAACAGCGUGAGAUUCGCAGCGCAAAAUCAGAGAAGGAAAAAACCACAGACUCAACUUCAGUGAUCCAAGAAGAACACGCCACUGCUGAACAGUUCAAGACAAGUUUUCCAAAGAGUACUAAAGACAAUGAGUGCAUAAAGAAAUAUGAUCAGCGCCUCAUUUAUAAUUAUUUUUUUGCCAUACCACAUUGCAAGAAAGGGUGUAAAGAAAAAUUUAGGUUUGUAAGUUUCUCAAAUGGCAAAACCCUAUCAAUGGUUUACGACUGUUUCAAAUAAUGGACCCUAUUGUAGGAAUAAGAUCCUUGGAAAAUUUUCAUAAUAAUAUGAAAAGGAAGUUACUCUUAAUAUCAAAAGAAAAUUCUUUUAAAUAUGAAUGAUCAAGAUGAGCUGAGUUAAUAAAAGUACAAAUUAAAAGAAAUGGAAUAUUACAUAAAAAAGU